AUGUCUUCCACACCUUCAGACCACAACGAUUCUCUGAAAACCGCCACCAUCACCGUGAGAGUGAUCAAGUCUUUCCCAUACAGGACAUGCAAGAAUCUCGUUGUCCGGGGGUUAGAUCUCACGACUAUCACGAUUGGGGAGUUUAAAGCGAGGGCUGUCAAUGAUGUCAAAACUUUGCCUGGUUGGAAGCCAUACCAGAAUGUUGAACUUGAUUCGAUGAAGCUAUACACCAAAGCUCACGGAACCAAAACCCAAAACCUCAUCAUCAAUCUCGAUCGUCCCGACUGGAUGUUUGAUGACGAUUCCAUGACAUUGGCCGAAGUCGGUUGUGGUAUGUUGAUUAUUCCUGAAAAAUUCACUGUCACGAACCCUGCCACCGGCUUCUACUCUAUUAAUUCGGUAUCAACGUUCUAA